GGCACCUACAUCGAGCGGCACAUUCAGUCCAAUCCCGACCUGUACGGCCCCUUUUGGAUCGCCCUCACGCUCGCCUUUACCGUCUCCAUCUGCGAUAACAUAGUCACCUACCUGAAUCAGUGGCGCGGCGAUGAGGCGGCGGCGGCGGCUUCCUUUGAGGCUAACCAGCACCUUCCGCUCUGCUCCACGGCUGUAAACGGCAGCACGACCGCGUCCUGUCGUACAGAACCUGCUCAUUUUGGUUCUGCCGCUGCCGUACAACUGCACCACAAUCCGCUCGCCUUCACCUUCGAGCACCUGCACCUCUCGAUGCUGAUCACCUUCAGCUACGUCACCCUUGCCCCGCUCCUCCUCUGGUCCUUCUGCCAGUGGCGCGCCUGCGGCAAGCUCUACUCCUUCCUCGAGUGCCUCUGCGCCUACGGCUACAGCCUCGCCGCCUUCAUCCCCGUCGCCGUCGCCAGCCUGCUCGACAUUCGCGAACUGCAGUUCAUCCUCUUCGCCUGCGCCGCCUUCAUGUCCGGCUCG